CUUUCUCCAUUCGUGCCAAAAUGUCUGCACCGCUGGAAGGGAACCCGCACGUGUUUCUCGAUGUCAGGAUUGGCGAAGAGCGAGUGGGGAGGAUCGUGAUAGAGCUCUUCAGAGACGUCGUCCCGAAGACUGCCGAAAAUUUCCGAGCCCUUUGCACCGGAGAGAAGGGGAUCGGUUCCAUGGGGAAGCCCCUGCACUACAAGGGAUCCCCUUUCCACAAGUUGAUUCGCCGAUUCAUGGUCCAGGGGGGAGACUUCAUCCUGGGGGACGGGAGGGGCAGCGAGAGCAUCUACGGAUUCACAUUCCCGGACGAAAACUUCCGGCUCAAGCAUGACCAGCCGGGCCUCCUGAGCAUGGCGAACAACGGGCCGGACAGCAACGGGUCGCAGUUCUUCCUGACCAUGGUGGCCACCCCCCACCUGGACGACAAGCACGUGGUCUUCGGGAGGGUGAGGAGGGGGAUGGGGGUGCUGCACGAGAUGGAGAACGUUCCCACGGGGGAGGGGGACGAGCCCCUGGAGCCCUGCUACAUCGCGGACUGCGGGGCAUUUGCCCCCGGAGAGGACUUCCGGCUGGGAGAGAGGGACGGCACGGAAGACGUCUACCCCCCCUUUCCGGAAGACUCGGACCUGGACUUCAGCGAGGUUGAUCUGGUGUUGAAAGUUGCAGACAAAAUCAAAUUGUCGGGUAAUAUCUACUUCAGGAAGGAAGAUUAUGUCAAUGCGAAUAUGAAAUACAAGAAAGCUUUGAGGUACCUGAACAAACUGCACGAAACGAACGAGGCCUCCCCGAACGUAGAGAAGCGGAUGAAUGUCCUAGUGCUGCCCUGCAUUUUAAACAGUGCUGCUUGCAAAUUGAAGCUUAAAUUAUAUGACAGAGCUUUAGAAGACUGCGAUGAGGCACUAGACAUUGAACCAAAGAACCCCAAGGCUCUUUACAGGAGAGGUCAGGCGUUCCAUGGGGUCAGUGACUACGAGAGGAGUUUAGCAGAUUUGCAAGAAGCCCUGAGGCUGGCACCCAAUGACCGAUCUGUCCUCGCAGAGCUGGCUGCAGUGCGGGGAGAAAUGCAAGCCUACAAAGCCAGGGAAAGGAAAGCGUAUGCGAAAUACUUCAUGUGAAGUCGGAUUCACCCCUCACCCCCCUUCACUCCUGUGGGGAGAUUCUCCCGAGAGCACAAUCGAGCAUGGACUCUUUAGGGCCGGAUUUCCGUCUGUUUGUGCAGAUAAAGCAGAAACGUUCAAUGUGGAUGGGACCCCUUUUCUUGAACUCCCGGAUGAAGUGAAGUCUCCCGAAUUUUCAUCGGGACAACGAAAUUCCCCAAAAAGGGGAUUCUUCGGCGAUCUGGGUUUCGGAAAAAAAAAUCCCUGUGCCGAAAUGAUCCCCAUUGCAGAACCUUUUCGUACAGGAGUAUGGAAAGGAUACGUGUUCGAUCGACGUGUUACUUUCCCUCUUUUUGAAACUUCUAUCUCCUAAAAAAUGCCACAAAACUAUUCUAUUUUUUUCUCUAAACAAUCUUAAUCUUUACUUGCUGCAAGGAA